AUGAAUAGGCCAGGACCCGGCCCCCAGCCCUUGCGAGGCAUGUCCGGCUUCCCCGCCCAACAACAAGCACAAGCUCGAAAUGCGGCAUUAGCAUCGGCGCGCCUGCCAAACGGUAAACUUGGUAGCGGAGCGAAUUGGAACUUCAACCUACCCGUCAGCGGAACGCCGGGGAUACAAGGCAACCAGCAGCGCAAUAUUGGAACGAUGGGAACGUUUGCACAGAGCUUAAGCGGUUCUCAACCUGCUACUCCUCUUGACUUAUCAGACUUCCCUUCGUUAUCUGGAGCGCCUCCGCAAUCGCAAACGCAAAAUCCGAGCCAUCUAGUAUGGGCAAACGCCAGCCAACGUGCGAUGCAGCAGACCCCUGUGCAAAGGCCGCAGCAUGCUACCUCCCAAGCACCCUCACGAGCUCCGCAGACACAGACCCACCACCCGCAACAGCAAUCGCAACCCUCGCAUGACGACGUAUUUCCCUCGGGCGCUCAGUUCGCAAACCGUUUGGACGAUUUCCGGAAUGGUGGACAGGGUAUCAGUGGUCAGUUAGGUGCCGGGGGGCAACCUCAAACCGGCAACAUUGAAGAAUUCCCCCCGCUCGGACGGCUUGGCAACUACAACGGUGGCCUUCCGUUUACGGGCGUGAGCCAGGCUCAGUCUGCCCAGGCUCGCAACAUGGUCGCUGCGUCGGUAAACGGACAGGAGCGGAUAAUGUCGCCUGCCACUGCAGGAUCAGGGGGUAUCGAAACGUCCCGAUCGCCGGUGAAUCAGGGGUCAAGCAGGGUCCCGGGGCAAGAAAAGGAGGAGUUAAACAACAGUGUAAUAUCGAACCAGAGUGCUUACACCGAGCAACACAUUAUGCGGCCGCCUGGGUUUCCCGCUACUGGGAAGGAAGCUUCGGGGGCUGCGCAAAGUUCUGAUCAACUACCACUGGCCGAAAUGAACGAGCUCGACAAGUUUGGGCUGGCAGGCCUGCUGCGCAUGAUUCACAGCGAUAACGCUGAUGUCUCCAGUCUCGCCGUAGGACAGGAUCUCAUGACAUUAGGCCUGGACUUGAAUCAACCAGAACCCUUACAUACGUCAUUCGCCUCGCCGUUCGUUGCCUCCAUGCCAGGAGUUCCUUUGGAGCAAGAUUUCGCUCUCCCAGCGUGCUACAACGUCGCCAACGUCCAACCUCUCCAGACACGUAUCCCGAGUUUCAGCGACGAGACCUUGUUCUACAUAUUCUACAGUCAGCCUAGAGAUCUACUGCAGGAAGUCGUUGCGGAAGAGCUCAUGGGUCGGAAAUGGAGAUACCACAAGAUCGAACGGUGCUGGCUUACGCGCGACGAGACGUACCCCGGUCCUGUUGACGUCGAUCGCGGCGUGAGUGAAAGGGGAGUCUACCUAUUGUGGGAUCCCGCCAGUUGGAAGAAGGUUCGGCGCGAGUUUAUUCUUCGCUACGAGGAUUUGGAUAACCGGAUGGAUCCGAACCGGAGUCUUGCACGGGUCGGAUUUCCGCAUAGUUCAUGA